UAUGCUUGUUUCAUUUGCAACCAAUGAUUUUGUGGUCGAAAACUGAUAUGAGAAACUGCAUUCAGAGUCACAUGCUACUCAUGAAAACCUUUCUUAAACUCCAAAAAGUCUUCGGCUUCGUGGCGAUGUGGUUCGCUAUCAACUGUGCCAUCUGUCUCUGUUCUCUCGUCUUUCAAGCUGUCGAGAUGGAUAAAGUACAGGCUGUGAAAGUAUUUUAUCUGCUUAUACACAGUUUCGUCAAAUUGUUCCAAGCGUAUUUGUACACUUGGUGUGGGAACAUCAUUACUGUGGAGAGUGAAAUCUGCUUAAAUGCCGCAUAUGAAGCUCACUGGUCGGAUUCUGGCGACAAGCGUUUCAUGAAGGACAUACUAACCGUUGCGUUGCAGCGGCCGAUGGUAUUUAAAGCGAAUAAAUUUAUGGAAUUGCGUAUGGAGCUGUUUCUGAAAAUGAAUGUUGAAUUUUUACUGUACGCACAUGCCCAUCUCGAUUGCAAGUUGAUGCAAUAAAACCGUUUUUAUGCUUU